AGUCACAAAUAAAUCGAGCGCAUGAAAAGUCGUGUGUGUGAGAGAGUUAGUGGUUGGGGAAAAAUUCAAGAGAACUUAAUUUGAAAACGAAUUAAAAUUGGUUUUUUAUACCGUCAAAAAGGUGACAACAAUAAAAAAUUAAAACAAUUUUCAGAACGUUGUCUUACAAAACCCUUUUAACGGUACUAUAUUAAAUUAAAUAAAUAAUGGCAAGCUUAAUGCGUGUGCCAUCGAUUUUGGCAAAAAAUGCGGCUGCAAUGGUAGGUGGAUUUUGAAUGGUGUGAUAUGAUAAAAUGCAAAGAUUUUGUAUGGAGUUGUAACUUCAACGGCAACAAUCAACAAAUAUUGAAAAAUACACCCCCACGAAGAAAAUGUUAUUAAAUGUUAUUUGGUUUUCAUUUCACAGUUCUCGAAAAAUGUUUAAAUAUAUUGCGGUUAUGUAAUUUUUUUCUUAGCAAUUUUUAAUAAAUAGAAAAAUUUGAUGUCAUUAAAUUAUUUAAUAGCUUCAUUAUUUUGCAUUUUCUUUGACAGCAUGUGAUUAGACAUUAGAUAAUAUUAUUAGUACAAAUAAUACGAGUAGUAUGUGUGCAUUAUUUGAUAUUAAAAUGUCCAUUAUUCUUGUUCCGAGUAAAUUAAAGAAACCAGGAAAACUACAAACUAUAUUCCCUUUAAGUUCAGGCCCAUCGUCUGUGUUUCUAUAAUAUCAUCUUUAAGGUUAAUUUUAUUACAAUUUUAGUGUACAUUUAUGUGACAUCCAUGAAAAAAAAAGGUUGAUUUAAUGCGGUAUAUAUGUAUGUAUGUACAUAUGCAGGUAACAAAGCACGUUUAGUAGGUAAUAAUUUGAAUAAUACUGUGGCACUUGUCCCGCAGGUAGUUCUUAAUCAAAUUCCUGCAAUGAAUAUCUUUAUUUUGGUAUAGGUACCUAUGCUUUGUAGGAAUAUAUUUCAUUAGGACAUAUUACUCUGUUAUUCGUUACAUUUAAAAAUAUUCGAUUCGGGAUUAAGCUGUUUCAUCAAAAUUACUGUAAUUGAUGUUAUUCAUCUAGAUAAUUACUGAUUCAUUUGAAAGUUUUAUGAAUAUUGUUAGCAUUUGCAUGUUAAAGUUUUUAAUUUGUAUUCCAACAUAUACACGAGCUCAUCACUUUAUAAACUUUAACCCUUCAGCCAAGUUUUUAGAGUUCAUGGAAUGGAAAAAAUGUUUUUAUCAAAUUUCCUUUAAAACAUUAAUUUAUUUUCAAUAUUUUCACACAUACAUACAUAUGUAUGUACAUAUGUAUGUAUAUUGCUAACCUCUUUAAUCACUAAGAUAAAAUGGAAACAUAUUAAUACCAACAUACCUCCAAAGAAAUAAAACAAUUUAUGUAUUUUAGCUUCGAGUAUCAUCCGUUGUGCCACAACGCGAUUUGCACAUUACACAUGGAAAAAAGGAUGCUUCUUCCAAACCUGAUGCCAUCUCUAAGGAAUACCCAAUUGUUGAUCAUGCGUAUGAUGCUGUUGUGGUUGGUGCAGGUGGUGCUGGUUUAAGAGCUGCUUUCGGCUUGGUUGCUGAAGGCUUCAAGACUGCUGUUGUGACAAAACUUUUUCCUACUCGCUCUCACACUAUUGCAGCUCAGGGUGGUAUUAAUGCUGCCUUGGGUAAUAUGGAGGAAGACGACUGGAAAUGGCAUAUGUAUGAUACUGUAAAAGGUUCUGAUUGGUUGGGUGAUCAAGAUGCUAUUCACUAUAUGACACGUGAAGCCCCAAAGGCUGUUAUCGAGUUGGAGAACUAUGGUAUGCCGUUUUCUCGUACUCCUGAUGGUAAAAUUUAUCAGCGUGCUUUCGGCGGACAAAGUUUAAAGUUCGGAAAAGGUGGUCAAGCUCAUAGAUGUUGUGCUGUAGCUGAUAGAACUGGUCAUUCAUUAUUGCACACACUAUACGGACAAUCUUUAAGCUAUGAUUGUAAUUACUUUGUUGAAUAUUUCGCCCUUGAUUUACUUUUCGAAAAUGGUGAAUGUCGUGGAGUUAUCGCACUGAAUUUAGAAGAUGGUACUCUUCAUCGUUUCCGCGCACGCAAUACAGUAAUUGCCACUGGUGGUUACGGUCGUGCCUAUUUCUCUUGCACUUCGGCUCACACAUGCACUGGUGACGGUACUGCCAUGGUUGCCCGCCAAGGUUUACCAUCACAAGAUUUAGAAUUUGUACAGUUCCAUCCUACAGGUAUUUAUGGCGCCGGAUGCCUUAUUACUGAAGGUUGCCGUGGUGAAGGAGGCUACUUAGUCAAUGCCAAGGGCGAACGUUUCAUGGAACGUUAUGCUCCUGUUGCCAAGGACUUGGCUUCUCGUGAUGUAGUGUCUCGUUCAAUGACUAUCGAAAUAAUGGAAGGCCGUGGUGUUGGUCCCGAAAAGGAUCAUGUUUAUUUGCAAUUGCAUCACUUGCCCCCAGAGCAAUUGGCUCAACGUUUGCCUGGUAUUUCGGAGACUGCAAUGAUCUUUGCUGGUGUUGAUGUAACCCGUGAGCCCAUUCCAGUCUUACCUACUGUUCACUACAAUAUGGGCGGUGUUCCUACCAACUACAAAGGACAAGUGCUAACCAUUGACGAAAAUGGCGCUGAUAAAGUUGUGCCUGGCUUGUAUGCUGCCGGAGAAUCUGCCUGUUCUUCAGUUCAUGGUGCCAAUCGUCUUGGUGCCAAUUCCCUAUUAGAUUUGGUCGUUUUUGGUCGUGCUUGCGCAAAAACUAUUGCCGAAGAGAAUAAACCCGGUGCUACACCACCUUCAUUAAAAGAUAAUGCUGGUGAAAUGUCUGUUGCCAAUUUGGAUAAGUUGCGCCAUGCCAAUGGUAGUAUUACAACUGCUGAUUUACGUUUGAAAAUGCAAAAGACUAUGCAACAUCAUGCUGCUGUAUUCCGUGAUGGUCCCGUACUUAAAGAAGGUGUCGAGAAAAUGUGCGAAAUCUAUCAACAAUUCAAGGACAUCAAAGUAGUAGACAAAUCCAUGGUUUGGAAUUCCGAUUUGGUUGAAACUUUGGAAUUACAAAAUCUGUUAGCUAAUGCUAGAAUGACUAUUGUAGCUGCAGAGAACCGUAAAGAAUCCCGUGGUGCUCAUGCCCGUGAAGAUUACAAGACACGUAUUGAUGAAUACGAUUUCAGCAAGCCUUUAGAUGGUCAACAAAAGAAACCUAUGGAAGAACACUGGCGCAAACACACACUAACAUGGAUUACAGACGACCAAGGUUCAGUUGACAUUAAAUACAGAGCUGUAAUUGAUUCAACAUUGGACAGUACUGUGCAAACCGUACCUCCAGCAAUCCGCUCGUACUAAGCUUCGUCAUCCUUAACUUCUUAAUUUCAAAGUCUCAGACACGCAGAUAUAAUACCAAUUAUUCUCCCUCCUUCACUUUUCCAACGUAUUAAAUAUUGUGAAACGAAAUACACAAAUUUUUAUCUACAACUAUUUUUUAUAAAUGUUAAUGAUUUUUAUUAGUUUAACCUGCUCAUUUUUGUUGUUUUAAGUAAAAGAAGAGUUUGAUGUUGACGUAAGUUCCUCCUGGGAACUUUUCUGUUUGUUUUAUUUAUUACAAAUGUCCCCCAACCAACUCGUCUCUAUUUGACGCUUUAAAAUAUGUAGUUGUAAAAAUAAAUUCAAAUUGAAAUUUAAGAAAA